AUGACGCUGAAUACGUUCAUGUUUGUGCUUGUGCUUAUUCUUCUUGUGUUCUCAUCUGGUAUGCCCGGUGUAUGUUCUGUCAGACUCUUGGGCAGACAUAAAAUAUUUAAUGUUCUUAGCUAUGGUGCAAAAGCUGACGGACAAAGAGAUGAUAGCUCGGCCUUCCUAGCAGCUUGGCAUGCUGCCUGUUCUUCAACUGGAUUGCCAGUUGUAUAUGUACCAAAGAUGACAUUUCUGAUCAAUCCAGUUAUCUUUCAGGGGCCAUGUCGAAAUGCCCAUAUGACAAUGCAGGUAACUGGGAAGCUUAUUGCUCCAACAGAUAAUAGCUUGUGGAGUGAACAGAGCAAAAAUUAUUGGCUGCAUUUCAUGAAUGUGAUUGGCUUAACAGUUGAAGGUAGAGGAAUUUUAGAUGGACGAGGAGCUUCUUGGUGGACAGAGAUGAAUGCAAAGACAUUGAGAUUUACAGGGACAACGAAUACCAUAGUAAGAAAGAUCACUUCAAUCAACAGCAAGCAGUUUCAUGUAAACUUCGAUACCUGCAGUAAUGUUGUGGUUGAAGGUGUGACUAUUAAGGCUCCGGGUGACAGUCCCAAUACUGAUGGAAUUCAUGUGGGACAAUCUUCCAAUGUUGAAAUUAGAAACAUCCUUGUAGGAACAGGAGACGACUGUAUCUCUAUUGGACCAGGAUCCUCUAAUGUUGCCAUUGAAGGGGUUACAUGUGGCCCAGGGCAUGGAAUCAGCAUUGGAAGUCUUGGUGAAGAUAACACACUUGCUGCUGUUAAGAACAUAACAGUAAGUGGAGCUUCUUUGUAUAACACACAAAAUGGAGUGAGGAUCAAAACCUGGCAGGGAGGGAAUGGUUUUGCAACUGGUAUAACAUUCCAAAAUGUAAUAAUGAACAACGUACAAAAUCCCAUUAUAAUUGACCAGUUUUAUUCUCCAUAUGGAAUUUCUACACAGGGAAAUUCCGGCGUGAAGAUCAGUAAUGUGCUAUACAAGAACAUAACUGGGACAUCGGCUGCAAAUGCUGCAAUUUCUUUUAAAUGCAGUGAAACUGUGCCUUGUCAAGGAAUCAAAGUAGAUGAUAUAAAGUUGAGCUAUAAUGGUUCAACAAAAGGUGCUCAAUUCUUAUGUAUGAAUGCACAUGUCACUACAAGUGAUGCUGGGGCUGCUCCUCCCUACACCUCUGUCUAUGACUCACCGACCACUUUGAUCGAUACUACUCCCUCUGGCAUUGCCCCCUCUGGUUUUCUCACCACUGGCCCGCAGAUCACCACUCCCCCAGCUCUGACAAUUCUUUCAGCAACCAUUGCCUGCACUCCGCUUUCCCAACCGCCGUCAGCAUCCUCCCACUGUGCCUGA